CCGUUUGAGAUGAGGCUGAAUUUAAUAAUGGAGAAGGUUGGUGAGAACUUGAUGUUGAAUACCUAGGUAAUGUUGGGUGUGAGAGCAUAUUCGAAAAUCAAGACGUAAUUUUCGAAUGAAAAAUCAUUGGUAACGUUAUGCAUACGUCACAUAAUUAAUGUAGAUGUAGACUUGCAGGACGAUGCGAAGUAUCAUGAACAUAUCUUCUUUUUAACUUCAUCACCCGGUAUUCUUCUCUCCUCAUUAUAUAACUCAAAGUACUACCCUACUUUACUCGAGUAGUCUUCUUUUUCGUACCACGUGAAUUGCUCAGGAUGAAUUUCAUGCGCCACAUUAUUACGCGCCACAUUAUUAACGUAUCAGCCACACACAGUAAAUAUCAUUCUUCCAUCAUCAACAACAACAUCACAACAUCACAACACCACUUUAGCUACAUCUUUGAUAAUAAUAUUGGAAUUAUUGAUGAUAUUUUGGGCGAAUAUCUAAGAAUCUAGUAAAGCUUCAGGAUUCAUCCCAUCUUCCGAUUCUCAAUUAGAAAGACUGGUUGUGCUGCUGUAACCAUGUCGGAAAAACAAAAUAAUAGAACUGCGCAACCACCUUUGGUUGAUAAAUUUCUCCAGCUUGGAAAGGCAGCUUUUGAUCCAGAUAUUCCGGAAAGCAGGAGAGUUCAAUCACGACGCGAGUUUGGCCAGUUGAUUGAAAGGUACACUUUCCCCAAUAUCUCUUACCGGAAGUCCUAAUUGUUCCACAGUACUUCGACCAUAAAGCUCAUGCCCGUUUUAAAUCUUCUUGUCCAGCCGGAUCGAGUACAUCCUUGGUUACGAGGACCUUUGAUCCAUGCGUUAGCCCGCCUUCCUCUCAGACGGCGUGGUGUACAAGAUACAAUUGAGUUUGUCUUCUCAGUACACCCGAGCAAUGCAAGUAUGAAGGCAUCGGAUACCGUGGGUAGUCGCGCAGUAAAUAUUUCUCAUGAAGCCAUGAGCUCCGCAUCAAAACUUUUGUCCUCACCUCCACAUGGCAUGUCAGCAGAGGAAUGGUUCGGUGGUAUUGCCCCUCAAUUAUUUGACCUCCUUGACGGGAAGGGCGAGAAGGAAAUGGAUAAGGCGGCUUCUUACAUUAUUGGUUUUGGAAUUUUGGGUCGCAAGCUCUAUGGUGCUCCAGGUAGGGAUAAUACAUUUCUUAGUCAUCUUUGCAUAUGCUGAAAUGUUUAGGCGCACCCGGAUGGAAGGCUUUGGUUGAGCCAAUCAUUGGGAUGAUAGAUCCAUCUCUCACCUCCCAAUCCACAAAACGAAAGUCGCGAGUUGAAGAGAUAAUAGUACUUGGAAUGCGCGAAGUUCUUGUUUCCGCGGAAGAUCUCGAGAAGAGUCUACUAAGAUUACUUACUCUGGUAACAUCACAUCCACAUCCAUCACUGACGAAAAGACUCCUCAAUCCAAUUCUUUUACCACUGUGGGCAUUACAAUGCGUCAAAGUAGAUAAUAGUACUGAAGGGCCUCGUGCUUGUGCAGAAAGGCUGUUGAAGAUUCUACUCCAGCUUUCGUCAUCAAGCGUAUCAAAUACGACCGAAGGUCCACUUUCUAAAAUUCUACAUAACAUCUUAUUUCAGGGCAGAUCGGAACCUGGUAAAGCGAACUGGAUGUAUCAUUCAACAAAGGAUGGUAGAGGCAUUCAGGUUGAGAAACCAUCGAAUCACAUCAACUUCAAUCAAAAUCUUGAUAUUGGACAAAUCAAUACAACUGUGGAAACAUUUGUUGCACUUUUAAAUGGUGUUCCUGAAAUUGAUUCUCAACUAUCUCAAAUAUUUUUGACGUUGUGUCAAAAAUGGCUCUCCCAAGCUAAGACUCGGCCGAUCUCAUCUAUUAUGAUUCAUGCUUCACCAACAAGUGAUGAAGAAGAUGUCAAGACAAAGCUCAUUGAAGCGAAAGUUUUACAGGAAAUGAUAAAUGCUAUGCCAGAGAAACUCGUUCAAGAUCCAAAACAGUUAGUGGAACUGAUUGACGGAGUAUUGAACGACUCAGUCACCGAAAACGGAGAUUCUGAAGAUCAAGAAAACAUUGGCGCCAUUGCUCUAAGUCUUUUGAAUAUUAUUCUAACAUCACCAAAUUUUAAGCCGACCCCAGCUAUAGAACCUUUCCUUGAAAGAAUUGAAUCUUCUCUUCGAAUUUAUGGACGCGAAACAGACACGGAAACAACACAAACCGCACAAAAUCUUCUUGUCAUUUUACAAUUUCGCCAUGCACUUCAUGAGUCAAGCGCGACACUAUCCGAAAAUGUUCCUAGUCGAGCCAUAGAGGAUCGAAAGACUUAUAAUCUCGCCAUGUCAUAUCUGACCUCUGUUGAAUCCCCUCCACCAGUCAGAGUCCAAGGGAUUGAACUUAUUCAAACCUUGAUUAGCGCUCGUAGUUCGAUCUUGGACAUACCCGCGCUUCUCGUUUUAUUUUCAUCUCUACUUCAGGAUUCUGAUGAAUAUGUCUACCUUCGCGCUAUUAGGUGCUUCAUUGACCUUUCGAAAGUUCAUCCUAGGGCCGUACUCAAAGACAUCAUUGAGCGUUAUGUGGACGGGAAUGAGGAUUAUGAUCUUGAUGCACGUUUGAGACUUGGGGAAGCCUUACUUCAGGUGAUUCAAUCGUCACCGACGAACUUUACUGGUGCUAUCGCACAAACUGUCAGUGAAGGUCUGCUUUCUGUUGCAGGUCGAAGAGGAUAUCGACCAAAGACCGAUGCGGAACAAGUGAAACGUGAAAAUUUACAGAAAAAGAAGACAGCCGAAGCAGAAGAGGCAUGGGAUGGUCCAGUGCCACAGUUGGACGAAGUUCUUGAAGCGGAUUCCUCUCAUCCAGAAUAUGAAUUAAUUUCCAGAAUCAUUUCAGGUUGGGAAAGUAAACGUGGAACGGAGGAUAUACGAAUUCGCUCAUCUGCUUUGGCUAUUCUAGGUGAAGCUAUAGAAUGUAAUGUAACAGGCAUUGGAUCUAAGUCAAUAUCUAUGUCUAUCGAUCUCAGUAUUCAUAUUCUCACAUUAGAAUCUGAGGUUGAAAAGGGCAUCCUUCGUCGGUCUGCUAUUCUUCUCGUGAUGAGUUUUGUACGCUCGUUGGACAAGGCAAGGGCCGAAGGUAGACAGGUAGGAUUUGGAUUCGUCGGUCAAAGCCUAGAUGAUAUAACGAGAAUAUUAAAAUAUGUUCAGAAUAUGGAUAACGAUGGUUUGGUCAGGCAGCAUGCGAAGGAUGUUGUUGAAGGGAUAGAAUCAUGGCAAAUGAAUUCUUUGAUCCCAGUUGGGAAUUCAGGACGGGGGGAUAGUAUCGAGCAUUUGAGUGCCGGCGGGAUUGGGAGCCUGGCUGGAUUGAACAUUACACCUGUCGAUAGGAAUGUAAAUGUGAGACCGAGAAUCGAAGAAAUUGAGUAAGAUGGGAUGGAUGGUAUUCUAAGGUACACUUGGAUGCCCUUGGUAUACUUAAUAUUUGUUGAGACGGCGGUAUCCGUCCAGUUUCGCAAAAUUCCAUUGUUGAGAUCUCGAGCGGACCAUCCUCUGGCGCCUCUCCGUCAGCAAUUUUUUUUUUCGGCCGCAACUCCUGUGACUCGACUUAUCCCAUGAAUAAAGUGGAUUUAAUCAACACAGGGAAUCCUUACACACUCGCACCACCGGAAAUUAUGCGGCUCCGAUGCUCUAUGCCCGUCCCACAAGAUGGGAAACUACGAAGUACGAGAGAAAUUCCGAAGUACAGUACCUGGUGUCUGAGUCUUGCACUUUUCCGGCAGUACAAGUAGAAAUUUAACAAAAGGUGGGAGGACAAAUCCUUCAAUGCCUGUGGAUGCAGAAAUCAUAGUACAGUAAAUUGUCCGUCGGCCGAAGCAUGCGUACAAGCUUUGCUGUCCAUUUUACUUCCUCGAAAUUUACGUACCGGUAUGCCACAUGUAAAUCUGAUUCCUCGGUCUUUUCAUAAGGUGUCUGAAUGAGCUUUUUUCUUCGAAUUAUCACUCCAUUG